CUUAGUACAACAUUAACGAGGUAGAAAUCUGAAAGAGACAAUGGGGGUGGCAGAUACUGUUUUGAAGAUUGCCGCCUCGGUACUUGUAUUGAGCUCUAUUUGUAUGGCUGCCGGAGAUGCCAAGGCCGCCGUCUUUAAAGUUGGCGGCCGAGUUCUUUGCCAGGACUGCUCCCAAGGAUGGAACGAAUGGGUCAAUGGUGCCAAUCCCAUUAAAGGUUGCAAAGUGUCCAUCACAUGUUUAGACGAUAGAAACAGAGUCAUCAAUUACGCUAGCGACUUAACAGACGAUGCUGGCGACUUUGAAAUAACUUGUAACAAGUACGUCAACGGCAAGGAGCUGAAGCCCCAAAACUGCUUCCUAAGGCUGGUGUCGUCUCCCGACCCCAUCUGCAACAUCGCCACCAACUUUGGGGGCGGAAAGAGCGGCGUGAAGCUCCUCCGCCCGGCCAUAGUGUACCGGGACGUAGUGAAGUACAUUCUGGGGCCAUUUUAUUACACAACUCCAAUGUGUGAUGAACCAGACACUAGUGCUCCUGAUGAAGAUGAUUCCGAUGAUGCCAAACAGACCAACUACUAGUACUAGUCUUAUGAUUUUGUAUAAGACUUAACUGGCGUUGUCUUUUUUUAUUUUCUUAUCUUUGUCUUGUCCUCAGAAUCAAUUUAUACUAUGUUUUUAGAUAUAAUUUGUCUAUAAAGUAUCUCAGUUUAUUUGUGAAUUAUCGAAAAAUUUAAAUAUCGGGAUGAGGCCUUAAUUAAAUAGUAAGAU